AUGCGCUUCUCUUCCUCCGUCAGACUGGGAGCCAGCAUCCGGGCGGUGCUCGCCCUCGUGGCCCUGUCCCUCCCUGUCAGCCUCGCUGCAUCUCAGUCGUACGCCUCCGGCCGGGUGCUGGUGAAGUUCAAGGACAACACCGUGCGCACCAUGUCCGACGACCAACUGGGCCUAAAGUACACCAGGUCCGCGGUGGACUCCGUGGGCGUGUACGACAUCAUCGACGACAGCACCGUCGCCGAGAAGGUGGCCAAGCUCUCCACCCUCCAGAGCGUGGCCCUGGUAGAGCCCGACUACCGCGUGACGGUGAAGCGCUCCAGCAACGACCCGCUGUACCCCCAGCAGUGGCACCUGCCCGUCAUCUCCGCCGACACGGCCUGGAACUCGGUCACCGGCACCGGCGCGGUCAAGGUCUGCGUCAUCGACUCCGGCGCGCGCAUCGACCACCCUGACCUGGUGGCCAACAUUGCGGGGGGGUGGAACCUGGUGCCCAUCCCGCAGGUGACGGGGGCGGCGCCGCCCUCCCCCGGCACCGCCGCCUAUGCCAACUACAACGACACGCUGGGGCACGGUACGCACACCGCGGGCAGCGUGGCGGCGGCGGGGAACAACGGUCUGGGUGUGGCGGGGGUGGCCUGGCGCACCAAGCUCUACAUCUGCCGCUUCAUCUGGGAUGACGAGGCGGGGUACAUCUCCGACGCCAUGACCUGUAUGUCGCUGUGCCGCGCCGCGGGCGCGAUGAUCACCAGCAACUCCUGGGGCGGCAUCGACUACUCCACCUUCCUGUACGACGAGAUCGCCAAGGCGCGCGACGCUGGCCAGCUCUUCGUCAACGCCGCGGGGAACAGCGCCAUCGACAUGAACACCAACCCGCGCUACCCAGCCUCCUACAACCUGGACAACAUCAUCAGCGUCGCCGCCACCAGCAUGUCCGAUGGCCUGUCCGCCUACAGCAACUACGGGACGGACUGCGUGCACAUCGGCGCCCCCGGCGAUUACAUCCUGAGCACGACAUACAACGGCUUGUACGGCCGCAUGUAUGGCACCAGCAUGGCCACGCCCUCUGUGGCGGGGGCGGCUUCGCUGGUGCAGGCCGCGGCGCUGUCACGCGGCAAGACGCUGACCUACUCGGCCAUCCGAGCCUACCUGCUGGCCAACGCCGACACGCUGGCCUCGCUCAAGGGCUACGUCGCCUCUGCGCGCCGGCUGAACGUGGCCAAGGCCGUCGCGGCAGUGCUGGCGGACUUCCCACCCAGCCCGCCCCCCAAGAAGCCCCCACCCCCUAGCCCGAAGAAGAGCCCGCCCCCGCCCGUCAAGCGCCCGCCGCCCCCCAAGACCUCUCCACCCCCGCCAUCGAGCUCCGCCGUGCCCCCCGUGGCGGCUGUGCACCCCAUCACGGUGCCCACAUGCGGCACCACGCUCGCCCGCGGCCAGCCCGCCCGCCAGUCUUCCACCUGGUCGGGCCACCCGGCGGCCAGGGCCGUCAACGGCAACUGCAACACCGAUGUCGUCGACGACAACCACGCCUGCUCCAUGACAAAGCCGGGCCUGAGCAACGCCUGGUGGACUGUGGACCUGGGCUCCGUAGUCACGGUGGCGGGCGUGGUGGUCAAGGCCCGCAGCGACUGCGCCCAGGGCUGCUUCACCGACCUGGCCGGGGCACAGAUCCUGCUGGGCUCCGAGCCCUGGACCUCCGCUGCCAGCCUGCCCGCCUUCACCCCCUGCGGCGUCGUGCCCUCGAAGCUGGUGCCCGGGGCGCGCGCGGCGGUGACCUGCGCCGCGCCCACGCCCGCGCGUUACGUCGCCGUCUACCUGCCCAAGGCCGCCACCGCGCUGGCGCUCUGUGAGGUGGACGUGGUCACCGCCUGA